UGGCAUGGAGAAACUCUUUGAUGCCACCCAGUGUCCAGACAAGUGGAAAGUUAACUUUGCUGUAUUCUACUUAAAAGGGCAAGCUGAUCUGUGGUGGAAGACUGCUAGAGAGAUGCAGAAUCAACCUGGAUUUGGAUGGGAAGGUUUAAAGGAGGCUAUGAGAAACCAGUUUUACCCUCAGUCUCUGCAACUCCAGAUGGAAUCCGAGUUUAUCCAUCUGAGGCAAAGGGGUAUGUCAGUUCUGGAAUAUGCUGUGAAAUUCAAUGAGUUAGCUCGAUUUGCUCCUGAUCUGGUGUCUACGGAUCGUCAAAGGAUGAAUCGAUUUGAAGGAGGUUUGAAUCUGGACCUUCAAGAAAGGCUUGCUGCAAACAUGAUAAGUCCUAUCAAGAGCUAUAUGAUCGAGCUAUCAAUGUUGAAAGGAAAAUGA